AUGUCAAUGGAUAUCAAAAACAGGACACGAGUGACCAUGUUUGAGUUUUCUGGAUUAACUGAUGAUAACAAACUUGUCCCGUUCCUCUUCAUGUUAAUUUUUCUGGUUUAUUUGGUGACCAUAGUAGGGAAUGUGGGGAUGAUAGCCCUUGUCUGUGUCUUCUCCAGCCUACACACUCCAAUGUAUUACUUCCUGAGUUGCCUCUCUUUGGUAGACCUUUUUUACUCCUCAGCUAUCACUCCGAAUAUGUUGUCUCACUUUGUUUCCUCUAAGAAGACAAUUUCGUUUCUUGGUUGUGCUGUCCAAUAUUACUUCUUCUGUGCAUUGGGGUGCACUGAGUCUAUCCUUCUCUCCACCAUGUCCUAUGACCGCUAUGUGGCUAUCUGCCACCCUCUCCACUACACCUUGAUCAUGACCAGGAAGAAAUGUUUUGGUUUGGUCCUUUAUUCUUCCUUUGUUAGCUUCUUACAGUCAGUUGUGCAGACCAGUUGUGUGUUCAGUCUUCCAUUCUGUGGAUCGAACCUCAUUGACCAUUACUGCUGUGACAUCCCGCCGCUGAUGAGACUAUCUUGUUCAAAUACUCUUCAUUGUGAUAUGGUCAGUGGUAUUCUUAUAGCGACCUUUGGAAUAUAUACAUUGGCAACAAUCUUCCUCUCAUACAUUCUCAUCUUUAUGUCAGUGUUUAGGAUGACAACUUCAAAGGGCAGGCAGAAGGCCUUCAGUACGUGCUCCUCACAUAUUAUUUGUGUCUCGACCUUCCUUACAGCAGUUUUCUUCACAUAUCUGCGUCCAAAUUCAGGGACAUUUGAGAUAAAAGACAAGGUGGCCUCUGUUUUCUAUACAGCAGUGACCCCGAUGCUGAAUCCCUUAAUCUACAGUCUGAGGAACCAAGAGGUGAAGAGGCUUCUUGUCCAAGUGAUACAAAAAUCGUUUUGA